CCGAGCUUUUUUUUCUUCUUGACUUCUCCGCUUUUACGGAGUAGUAAGGAUUUUUUUUUUUAACCUUCUAUGCCGUUUUUUCGAACCUAUUUUUCUGGAGUGGACACCAGUAGAUGCCUGAAAAUUUGUGAACUUUUCUUAUCCUGCGCCCGCAGAUUCACUUCCUCAUCUUCUCUUGUUAUCAUCAUUCUAACGCGCUGUCGCAUUUUCUGAUCCAUUCAUCUCAAGUCCAAGUAAUGCUUAUCCCGCGCCAUGAAGCAUAACGCCCCCGGCCGCUCUGAAGAUCCUGAUAAGCAGGCGUCUCAUGAAGUGAUUCCUUCUCUUAAAUCAGAAUUGGCUGCACCCUGGACGUUUCUUCGCCCUACAGCCAAUCUAAACAGUACUAUCACAGGCUCUGUGAAAUUCUACUUGGACUCAUUGGCCGCUUCGGUCGGCGGCUCCCAAUGUGCACGCCAGCGAAGGAAUAGAAAGCGCAAAAGAUUCGAAAACGACGAGGACCCUUCCACCCAGGCCUUGCAGCUGAAACAACUUUAUGUCGAGGGAUUCACUUCUGACCAAAUAUGGCAACAAGCGCUGAGGAUUCUUGAUUAUUCUGGUGGUGAGAUUGAGCGAGAUCUCUCUUGGUUAUCCGAAACAUCUAGGCAGCCCCUGGACUCUACUUAUCAUGCAGUGCUUGGCAACACUGAAGUAGAGCACAGCGAUUUCGAUCACACGGAUACUGAUACCACCCAAUCGAGUAUUGACGAUGAUGAUAUUCUUGGCUCAGAGCACGAGGGCUCUCAGAGUCAGUCUGUGAAUGAGUCAGACCUGGAAGAGAGUAUCGAAGCAUUGUCCGACAAGGUUGCUGAAAGCGAUACCGACGACGAAAGACAAGAUAUAUAUGUGGAGGAUCGCUUUGGCUUGAAUGAUGGCUUUUUCUCAAUAGAUGAUUUUAACAAACAGUCGGAACUACUCGAGAGACAAGACGCUAGGGGUGGGCCUGACCAUGAUCUUGAAAGCGACGAUGAGGAAAUUGAUUGGCAUGCAAACCCUCUUAAUACUGCGGGGUCGAUAUCUAUGUCAAAGAGAGACUUACCCGAUAACGUUGCCGAUGAUGAAGAUGAUGAUAUGGAUGAUAGUGAGGAGGAAGGACCAACAUUCGGAAAUAUGGACCUCCAGGGCGAAUCUGAUUUCGAUGAGGAUGAUGCCUACGCCGCUGCUUCUGAAGAGGCAGGAUGGGUGAAUACCAGCGACAUCAAGUAUUCCGACUUUUUUGCGCCACCACCGCGGAAAGCUACGCGCAAAAAGUCACGCUCUCUUCCCAAAACGCAGCCGAAUGAAACAAUAUCUAAAGGCGAUGUUGAUCGUGCCAUGGCUGAUGUUCGUCGUGAUUUGUUCGAAGAUGAACUUUCUGGCGAGGAUAGCGAUGAGUAUGACGAAACGCGAGGAUCCCAAAACAAUCAUUCUAGUCACGAAAAGCAGCGUGCUCGGAUCGCCGAUGAAAUUCGUCGCUUGGAGGCAGCCAAUGUUGCCAAGAAGGAAUGGAUGCUCGCUGGUGAAGCGAGGGCCGUUGAAAGGCCUAUGAACUCCCUCAUUGAGGAAGAUCUUGAUUUCGAAAGAAUCGGGAAGCCUGUUCCCGUUGUCACUGCAGAAUCAUCAGGGGAUAUCGAAGAGCUUGUCAAGCGAAGGAUUCUUGCAAAACAAUUCGACGAAGUUAUACGUCGUCGCCCUGGUGUUUCCGACGGACAAAACGCAGGGAGAACGCGACUUGAGCUGGAAGACACGAAACCGCAGCAGAGCCUGGCUGAAUUAUAUGAGACCGACCAUCUUCGUGCGACUGAUCCGAACUAUGUUGAUUCCAAAGACCAAAAGUUGAUGCGUGAACAUGUGAAUGUCACAAAUCUAUGGAAGGCGAUCAGUUCCCAAUUAGAUACGCUCUCAAACUGGCACUAUAAACCCAAAGCUCCGCAGGCAAGCAUCAAUGUGGUUACAGAUGUAGCAACUAUUACCAUGGAGGAUGCUCAACCGACGGCGAGCAGCGCUGUCAACGGAACGGCAACUCUUGCACCUCAAGAGAUAUAUGCACCUGGUGACGAUGGUAAAGUUGUUGGUGAAGUCUUGAGAAAUGGCAUGGCGAUUGCCAAAGAAGAAAUGACCCGCGAACAGAAAGCCAGGUUGAGGCGAGAGCACAAGAAGCAGAAGGCUAGCACUACGCGCUCACAACAAAAGUCUGGCAAAACAGCUGAAAACCAGCAGAUCAUGUCAGAUUUGAAGAAAGGAGGAGUCAAAUUAAUCGGGAAGCAAGGUGAAGUGACAAACAUCCAUGGUGGCAAAAUUAAAGAUGGCGCGAAGAAUGACGGUCAUGCCUUGAAGCUUUAGUCUACGGAAUUUUGGGAGCGAAAUGAGUAGCUACUCUAAAAGGAGUUUUAGCUUCAUGAAUUUGCAUGCGUCAUUCUUUCGAUAUCCUGUAGCUAGUUCUUCUCGACAUGUUUUUUGUCUGAUUUCAAACGAAUCGUGUAGAGGAAAAUAUUUUCUCGCCGGUAGGUCUCCAUAUCAGGGUCAUCCUUGAUCUCGUCAACAUCGAAUGUUUUCUUCGCCUGUUUCAUCAAGCGGAGAUCUGCCCGUCUACGCCUCUUGAAGCAGAAGUAACAGACAGACUCUGGCCCAAGAAGGUCGUUCAAGGUCGACAUU